UUGCUAGCCCCAGCAUGCAAGCAGUGCGACGCUCGUCCCUUUUAGCCGUUUCCGAGCGUAGGCUGGCGUCUUCUCUUCGUCGCCUAGCGUCGCACAGUCAUGCUGGUUUCGCCAGCGUCGCCCAUCGGUUUGCCGUUCCCACAUUCUCUCUCCUCGCGAAAGCCGGAGGUACUCGGAAAGGGCUGACCUUAACUAGUGGAAGCAUCUGCGUAGGCACGCGAAUCCGCACGAACAGCAUUUUGGGUGUAGCUCGUGCGACGAGCGCAAGGCGACUCCAUGCUUCUGUAAUCAGCCCGUCAGUCACCCGUUUCUCUCGUGAAUCCGAAUCUCGCCAGGCUUUCGUCGCCUCUCGCCCGUGCGAAAUAACUGUUCUUCACGAAAAUCGCCGAGCGAUGGCCGCUGCUUCGCCAGCGAGGGGCGCGGCGAUGGCGGACGCUCCGGCAGAAACUGGCGGAGAUGGGGGGGUUGCGCGGAGAGAGCAGAGAACCGGCGGAGAGAGUGGCGGAAAGGGGAGUCCAGAACCCACUGGCGGAAGGCGGGGGGGAAAGGUUGGGGGAGAAAGUGGGGGGAUGGGAGAUCCCCAUGGAGGCGGGCUACGCGGAGAAGGGGAAAGGGGGGGGUGUGCGGAUGACAAUAGCGGAGGUGGAGCGGAUGUACGGCACACCGAGUGUGAUGCUUAAGGAAGUGAAGGGCGAUGGGACGACCGUGAUACAAGUGAAGGUGGAUGGAGCACUGAUGGGGUUGUUCACAGGCAGAGACCCGGCUGCCCUGAGCGACAUAGGGGAUGCGACAUCAUGUGUGGUGAAGGCUCCCAGCCACUUCAACAAGAGAACUCACGACCAUGCUGUGAUUGAGGUAUCUGGUCCAUCGGAGCAAGCAGCAACAGCAGCAGUCGACCUCUUUGCUCAUGUGCUAGCCCAGGCCAUCGACAGCCCCUCGGUCGGCUACUCGCACUUCCUCUCCCUCCCCCUUGCUGCGCACCGCCCCCUAGUCGCUCGCCUGAUCGACUUCCGCUCCUCCGUGCUCCAAUCAGUGGGCUCCCUGCUGACGCAACCAGCUGCCAGUGCUGGUAGUGCUGCUGCUGCUGGUUGUUCUGGUAGUGAUGCUGCUGCUAAUGCUGCUGCUGGUGCCUCAGGUGCUUAUGUUGCUCCUGCUGGUAGUGAUGCUGGUGCCGCUGGUGGUUACAAGAGGACAGAAGCAGAAACUGAGGGAGAGGGAGAGAGGGGGGGAGGGGUCGUGAUGGAUGGUUGUGAAGCCACAGCUGGAAGGGGGGAAGUGAAAGUAGAGGGAGGGGAGGAAGGGAACAGAGUGGAGAGUGGAGGGGAGGAGGCGAGAAAAACUAUGAGAGGAGAGAAGAGGGUGCACAGUGAUGGUGGCCCGGCUGCUGGAAAGGACUCCGGCACUGAUGCUGCCGGUGCUACACUUGGUGCUACAGCUGGUGCUACACUUGGUGCUACAGCUGGUGCUACACUUGGUGCUACAGCUGGUGCUACACUUGAUGCUACAACUGGUGCUGGCUCUGCUGCUUCUACUGGUGGUGUCUCCAUGCUGGAGGGAGAGGGGGAGGGAGGAGGAGAGGGAGAGUGGGCGGCAGCUGCAGGGCGGGGGGGAGGAAGAGGAAAGGAGGAGCAGUGGGGGCAGCAAGGUGGUUCGAAGGGGAAAGGGAUCAAAGACCAGUACGGCGGCGUGCACCCGUCCAUCUUCAUCAACCCCUCCACCUUCCACCUCACAGUGCAAAUGCUCAAGCUGUGGUCGCCUGAGCGCGUGGAAAAGGCUUCCCAGGCGUUGCAGGCCGCCAUGCCUAGAGUUGUCGAAGUGUUGGGAGAGGAGCCUCUCGUCAUUCGCCUCGUUGGUCUGAAGUGCAUGAGGGGCCAUCCCUCCAAGGCGCAUGUGCUCUAUGCUGAUAUGGAGGAGGUGGAUGGUGGAAACAGGCUGCCUGCAGUAUGUGAGGUGCUGAGGGCGGCAUGCAGGGAGGCAGGGCUGGUCACGCCUAGGGAUUGCCGGCAACCUCUAAAGCUCCACGCCACCAUAAUGAAUACGAGCCAUCGUAAAGGCCCCCAUCGCUAUGCCCGCAUGCCAUUCGAUGCCUCCCCAAUUGUGGCACAGCAUGGGGACACGGAGUGGGGGGAGGUGCAUCUGGGGGAGGUACACCUGUCGCAGCGGUUCAGCUUCGAUGAUCAGGGCUACUACCACUGCUGCUCCUCGCUGCCACUGCCCUGAGUGUGUUCCCAAGAGUGGGGUGGUGCAUCUGGGGGAGGUGCAGCGGUUGCAGAGAUUUAUAUUCGAUGGCCAAGGCUACUACCACUGCUGCUCCUCGCUGCCGUUGCCCUGACCAUGCCACGGGUUUCGUUUCUCUGGGCCCUUAUUCCACCCAUUUGCCUCUCAAGUGUCCCCGAUUGUUGAUGCCGUGUUACCUUUGGCCAGCUGAAGUUUCUGAAUUCUUAUGACACACCUAGUGGCCAUUGCGUCACCAUCAGGGCUGAUUUUAUCAGACUAUUUUAGUCUGAUUGUCUGAAAUUUCAGACAUAUUUUUUUGCCGAUCCUGAUUUUUCAGACUUGCCAUUUUCUGAAUGCUGAACCCUU